AGUGCGUUGUGGUGAGCCGUCGCUUUAGUUGCCCUCGGAGUGUUUUCAAACAGAGAACAUGGUAUCGCAGCUGCCGUUUCUGGCUGCACUGGUGUGUCUCUUUCUGGCGAGGAAUGGCCAAGGCCACCUGCUCUCCCAGCCGACCAUUGACUUGCAUAUCCAGGCGCAGGAGCAGUUGAUCUCGCAGCACAACGACAGUGCCUAUGUGCAGCGUUUGAUGCGUCUGGCCAAAUCCGCAGAGAUGCGCAGCUACAUUAACCCGGAUCAGGAGCCGUGCGACAACUUCUACGAGUACAGCUGCGGGCGAUGGCCCUUGAUAAAUCCGGCCAACGAUGCCCAUCCCCGGGAGACGAACCUCCAGCAGCUGGUGUUGAAAGCUUAUCGCCACAAGCAGCAGCGCCUUUUGGAACAGCCGCCCAACGAGGAAACCGAUGCGGAGGCCGUUCUUCAUCUGAAACAGUUCUAUGCCAGUUGUCUCCUCUACCGCCAGACUCCGGAGGACUUGUAUCAGCGUCAAUUGCAGGAAAUCGUCGGGGAAUUCGGACGCAUGCCGGUUUUGAGUUUGCCAGGCCAGGAUUGGGCCGAGGAUGCCUUCGAUUGGUUGGAAACAGUCGCAAAAAUAAAGCGUAGAUACGGUCUGGACAUAGUGCUGCUUCUCCAGAUCCAAUCUGAUCGCAUCUAUGUGGGUCAGCCCAAGCAAAUACUUCCCGGACCAGACAGCCGAGCUCGUACUGAAUGCAUUGCCGAGAACUUGGAGCGGCAUCUGGGUGUGGAGGCCAAGUUGGCCCUAAAGACAGCUGGGGAAAUCACAGAACUGGAGCAGCUCCUGGCCAAAGGUAUGCUCUCCCGGCGAGUGGGCAUUUUGGCCAAGUUGCGCACUCCGGUGGAGUUGGAUGAACUCUAUCCGGAGAUUUUCAAUGUAACUCAGUAUGUGGAAAUUGUCCUGGAUCGGGAAUUGGCGGACAACGAAACUAUCUACGAGCAUGUGCCCAGCUAUAUGACCCAUUUGACGGAUGUGGUGAAGACCACGCCACCCCAAGUGCUAGCCAACUAUAUAUUCUACGAACUUUUGGAUCACUUCUUCUAUGAUCGGACCGUUUCCCCCGUAGAGCAGUGUGUGAAUCGCAUAAGGGAGCAGUUUCCGGAGCUGCUGGAGAACAUGCUCUAUAAGCAAUACGGUUAUGCUGCCGCUCUCAGUGACAUCAACGGGGUCUGGCAGCAAAUUCAGAGGAGUUUCCGAGGUGUCCUGGAGGGUGCUUCGGCGGAUUGGUUGUCCACGGAUACCAGAGAACAGCUGCUGGGGCAGCUCAACGAAACCGAGCUCGUGAUCAAUGGCUAUUCCAACAUUAAUUUUACAGAACAAUUCGCAGGUUUCGAAAUCAAGCCAAGGGAUUACCUCCACAAUCUGAGAACUGUGCGGAGUCGGAACAGUCUGGUCACAAAACCGAAGAUACAGACAGCGGCCAGCUAUGAUCCUGUUAAGAAGAGAGUCCUCCUACCGGUGGCCCUGCUCCAGCCAAACAUUCUGUGGUCCCGCUACUACCCACGAGCCCUGCGUUUUGGAAGUAUCGGCACCGUGCUUGCCCACGAACUGGCGCACAGCCUGGAAGACGCCGCCAAGUGGGAUGCCAAGUCUUUUGCCCAGUACUCCAAGCGAAAGGCCUGCUUCAAGGAUCAAUACAGCCGGCUGCGACUUCACGGGGAGUACUUACCGGAGAGCGAUCUCCAGGCGGAGAACAUUGCCGACAACCUGGCCAUCCAGGUGGCCUACCACGCCUACCGCCGCUACCUGACGGAGCUGGCCUCCUCUGCCUUGGUCACGGAGGCUCUGCCCCUGCUGGACCACACUCCUCGUCAGCUGUUCUUCCUCAGCUAUGGCCAGCUGUGGUGUAAUGAUGCCAACGAGCAGUUUCGGGAAAAGGAAUCGCUGCUGCAGACCAGCACCCCGAAUGCCCUCCGCGUUCUGGGAGCCCUCUCCAACUUCCCCGCCUUUGCACAGGACUUUGCCUGCAUUAGCGGAAAUCAAAUGAUGACGCCGAAGAAGUGUCACCUAUUUACCAUUAAUUGAGAUUAAUUCCAAGAUUUUCUGAUUGACUUUAUUAGCUUAAAAUAAUCGUUUAAGGAGUGACAAUUUCAGAGAACCAAUAUAACCAAUAAACAAUACUUUUUAUUAAU